AUGGAAGGCAGGAAGGACGAGACCCCUCGGCCUGUGGUCACUUUCUUCCAGCCCCGGUCCAGCCAGGAGCUGGUGCUGUUCAGCUUGUUUGCAGGCCAUGAUGCAGCUGUGCGGAAGUUUUUACCAAAGAGCCAUGUUUCUAACGUGAUCAUUCGUGACAAUACCAGUGUUCAGCGUUUGCAGGAAAUUAAGCUAAGGCACUUGGACAACAGCCAAAGAAAAAACGUCAGUUACUAUGAACAGGUGAAGAAGAAGUUUGUGCAUGACCAACAGAACAAGAUGAAUCGUUGGAAGAAGCAGUAUAAUCGAUACCAGAGAAUGCUGGAGGAGAUUGACCAGAGAGCCAUUCAGGGAGCCAUCUCAAACAAUGCAGUGCUAACUGCCCAGAAGUCCUCUGUCCAUGAACAGAGAUCAAUCCUGAAGAAAAAAUAAGUACUUGUUUUGGGACGGUGUAUUAUGGCUGCACCUCCCACUGUGUAAAUAAUGGUGAUCAUACUCAGUUCCUCUCACUCUUUCUUGUUGGUUUCUCUCCUUAGGAAAGAGGGACUUAAAGGUAGACCAAAGCCAUUGCAGCGGUCAGGUCACUCUUUUGCUGCUCUUUUGCCACUUGAAUUGAGAUCAUUUUCAUAUUCAGAAAGUUUUACAGACUUUAUGGUCUCCAUGAUCCUGCUGGCCACUGUUAUUCCCUAUUUGAAGCUGGUUAAUAGAGGCUUUGAAAGUCUGAUGUCCAAGAUAAGCCCUUGGCCAAGAGGAAAAUGGAUCCAAGGUCUUUAUCAAAGCCUGACCCACAAAACAUUGGAUCAUGAGGAAGGUACUUUGGGACAUGCACUGAAAUUCUUUCCCAAGCUGUGUCUGAGUGAGGAAUUACUUUUUAAAAGACGACACAUUCAUAUCCUAUCUUUAGCUGGAUGUAUUAUGCAGCAGACAUGGGCAUUCAAAACAAUUAUUGCUAUCCAGUCCCCAGAACAACUGAUUUAUCUUAAUGUCGCUACAACUUUAACUCUAAAAACAAAAGCCACAUAGAUCAACCUAAAGAACUUGACAUCUCAUGCAAGCAGUUCUCGGAACAUUUCAUCAGGGGGGAGGUUAAAAAAGCAAAGGGUGGGGGAUGGGCUGUGGAAUCCAAAUUCUUUUUAAAAAAAUGUAUCCUGCUUUUCUCAGCACCUGCUGCCUGAGAUCAUGUUUCUGUUGAUGUCUGGACUGAUUU